AUGAAGUUAUCAUGGCAAAGAAUGAACGUGAUUGCUUGCUGUCAGUUAUUUGUUCUACAUCCCGACGUCGUGGAAGCGAAACGGGACGGGCAGUCGCAAGGGGCUGCGGAUAGUUAUGCCAUGCAGUGCAUAGAUAGCGUAGAAAUGUAUGCAAUUCGUUUGGUAAAACAUGCACAAGGGUAUCGGUACACAUUUUAUUUACGUGUUCCCGAAAAUUUGGCUCCGCCGGCGCCGGAGCCGAGACUAUUCGGACCCGGUGACUUGGAACGGCUUGGAGGUUAA